AUGGCGACCCGCCCGCCGUGCCUGUGGCUGUGCCUGGCCGGGCUGCUGAGCCUGCGGGCGGCCGGAGCCCUGCCCCUGCGCCCCGACCCGCGGGACGCCGUGCUGGCCGCGGCCUUGCAGCGCCUGCGGGAGGUCUUCGACAUCGAGGAGCUGCCGCCCGACGUGCUGCCCCGCAAGAAGCCGCCCCAGUUCAUGGUGGAUCUCUUCAACAAGGUGGCCGACGCCAACGGCAUCACCCGCGCCCCGGGGCUGCUGCAGGGGGACGUGGUGCGCAGCUUCGAGGACCGAGUUCACGUGGACCACCACCACUUCUACUUCGACAUCAGCGCGAUGGAGAAGAGCGAGCAGAUGCUGAAAGCCGAGUUCAGGGUCUUCAAGCUUAAGAGGGCGCAUCGGUCCAGAAGGUCCGACACGCAACACUUCUGCAAAGUGGAAGUGUAUGAGCUCUUGGAGAGUGAAAAUAAGCCACAGAAAAAGCAUCUCAUUGCAUCGAGAUUAUUGUCCCUCUACACAGAAGGCUGGGAAGUCUUCAACGUCACACAGACAGUUUCCAAGUGGGUUGGAAACAGCAGCUCCAACCAUGGCUUUUGGAUAACUGCGACACAUGUUUCCAGCAAUGGAAUGAAACACGACGUGGUUACAUUUGCCAAGAGCCAGAGCGCUUUGCAGGAGAGCAGAAAUGCUCUCCUUGUUCUCUUCACGAACAGCAACAAACGGAGGUCUCACAGCUUUGUACCCUCUGCUACAAAAUCAGAAACAAACCACCCUGCCAAAUCCGAUGCUCCGCGGGUUUCUCGUGACACUGCUGUAAUGGAAAGCAGCAGUGCCAGCAUGAGCAGGAGACCCCGAGCUGCUGCAGCCCCUGCUGCCAGGAGCCCGUUGGCAGCAUGUCACAGAAGGGAGCUCUAUGUGGACUUCCAUGCUAUUGGCUGGUCAGGAUGGAUUAUUCACCCAAGUGGAUACAAUGCAUUUUAUUGCAGAGGAUCCUGCAUCUUCCCUUUGGGGGAAAGUCUAAAUGCAACAAACCAUGCUACAGUUCAGUCCAUUGUUUAUACACUGAAAUUGUCUCAAGAUGUCAGCAUGCCCUGCUGUGUGCCAGAUGAAUUGAAGUCCCUCAAUCUUCUCUACUUUGAUGACAAACAGAAUGUCGUCCUUAAAAAUUAUAAAGACAUGGUGGCAACAAGGUGUGGUUGUCAUUAG